AUGCUCUCGAGCCUCGUCAGUAUCUUCGCAGCCAUAGGCGGGGUGUUGUCUAUGCCUUUCAUGAACUCGACAAUCUCGGCUCGUGCAAUGCCUGCAGCCCCUCACUUCGUCCUAUACAGUGAUAAGUGGGUCUCCGAUGAGAUUGGUCCACCGGACGUCAGUAUUAUCUCAGGGUACAAUGUCUUUGCCCUCUCGUUCUGGCUUGUCUCCGGUCCAACUGAUCAAGCUGAAGAGUGGACAUUGCUUGAUGAUAUCACACGAGCAUCUAUUAAGGCAUCAUACGAGAAUGCAGGAAUUUCUCUUGUCGUAUCCGCUUUUGGCUCCACGGAUGUCCCUACGACCGACGGGUAUGACCCUACGAUUCUCGCUAAUAGUCUAGCGGACUAUGUAUUGGAAUAUGAUCUCGACGGUGUCGACGUCGAUUAUGAAGAUAUAUACGCCAUGGAUGCCGAGAAUGGAUCAGCAGAAAUUUGGUUGACCACUUUCACAAUAGCUCUUCGUGCAAGACUUCCGCAAGGUCAAUACAUUUUAACCCACGCACCUGUUGCUCCAUGGUUUUCCACACGAUACGCCAGCGGUGCUUAUUUGACGGUUCAUCAGAAUGUUGGAUCGUUGAUCGAUUGGGUAAGCUGGAAGAUCGAUACAACAUUCAGGCAAGUAUUUCUCGACAAGGGAUCGUUUCAUGAUACCAAUAUAGCUUUCUGGAUUCUUCGUAGUUCUACAAUCACAGAGGGGACGUCCGAGUACACAACGUGUUAUGGCCUCCUUACAGUAUCAUCUCCAAUGCAGCCAAAUACUGCGCUCUUCCAGAUUGCAGCAGCAGGAAUACCUUUAGACAAAUUGGUGAUCGGCAAGCCAGCCACAGAUGUAGAUGCGAAUAAUGGUUAUAUGGAUCCCUCCUCACUUGCCCAGUGUGUGGGCGACGCCGCUCAACAAGGAUGGAACGCUGGUAUCAUGGUGUACCAGUUUCCUGACGCCGUAUCGACCUGGAUUACAGCGGUUUUCGCGCUUGCAUUCCCAUAUUAA